AUGGCCGAUUUGCCGGAGGCAAGAUUCGACAGCAGGCACGCCUUCAGCUCCAUCGGGCUGGAUUUCUUCGGGCCUGUCCACGUGAGAAUCCACUGCGACAACUGGAAGAGCUUCAAGAGGGGUGAACGGGAGCUUCGUGAAUCACUGCAGAAGUGGAACGAGAUGCAGAUCAGCGACUCCCUGACUCAGCAGAACAUCAGGUGGCGCUACAACCCACCUGGCGGACCGCACAUGGGCGGCUGCUGGGAGCGACUGGUGGCCUCGGCAAAAAGGGCCCUGCGGGUUGUCAUCGGCGAACGGCUUGUGACGGAUGAGGUGCUGGCUACGGUUCUGGCCGAAGUGGAGCACAUGCUGAACAACCGUCCACUGACCUACGUCAGUUCAACCGCUGGAGACCCGCAGGCUUUGACGCCAAAUCACCUUCUCCUCGGUCGAGAGUUCCCUAACCUGCCUCCAGGGGCGUUCUCAGAAGAGGACCUGACAACCAGGCGACGCUGGAGACAUGCUCAGCAGAUAGCCGAGCACUUCUGGAGACGCUGGUCCAAGGAGUAUGUCCCGACACUGAUGAAGAGGGAAAAGUGGACGAGAGACACCCGGCAGCUCCAGGUGGACGAUGUAGUUAUCGUGGCUGACAACAACGCCCCUCGCGGUCGGUGGCCGAUUGCUCGGGUGACGAAGGUUUACCCCGGCUCUGACGGGCGAGUGCGGUCAGUGGAGCUGAAGACGCGAACUGGCACGUACGUCAGACCGGUGGUGAAGAUAUGCCCUCUGGAGAAGGCAGCCUAA